AUGCCGUAUAUUCCGCUAAAACCAAGUCAAAUACAAUUAAGAACUUGGGGAACUGAGAAAAAUCUUAAACUGAGUGGAGAAGCAGAAGUACCAGUCUCGGUUGGGAACGUCACAAAGAAACUAAAGUUGUUAGUAGCAGCGGGUGAUGGUCCGGCUCUAAUUGGUCGAAUUUUGUUUAACGAUUUGGGAAUUACUAUAACUAGCAAUUUAUGCAAUAUAGAAUCAACUAUUCCAGUAGAAGUGAUGAAUUUCAGUUCAGUUUUUGAUGGAAAUAUUGGAGAUUACAAGGGAAAUCCUGUGAAGUUACAAAUGUCAGUUUCAAGUAAACCGAAAUUUCUUCGAUAUCGACAAGUGCCUUUUGCACUAAAACUCAAGGUGGAAGCAGCAUUAAAGAAGUUGGAAGAUAAAGGCGCACUGCGUUCAAUAUCCUUUAGUGAGUGGGCAACACCGGUUGUACCUAUUAUUAAACCAGAUGGUAGCAUACGCAUUUGUGGAGAUUAUAAGUGCACAGUGAAUCAAAUGCUUUGCAAGGAAACGUAUCCAUUACCUACUAAUACAGAAGUGCUAGCAGCAUUAGUAAAUUGUAAGUGGUUUACAAAGCUGGAUUUAGAUCGAGCGUAUACACAGGUGAAGGUUGAUCAAGAAUCAGCAAGGAUACUCACAUUAAACACACAUCGCGGACUUUUUGAAGUUACAAGAUUACCGUUUGGAAUUUCAACGGCACCAGGCAUAUUUCAACGGGUGAUGGAAGGAGUUCUUAAGAACAUAGAUGGUGUGAUUAUUUAUUUAGACGACAUUCUAAUUGGCGGAACAACUUUGGAAGAGUUGUGGGAUAAAACACGAACUGCUCUGAAAUGUGUACAGGAUGCAGGAUUGAAGCUUAAAAAAUCAAAAUGUGUUUUCGCAGUGCAAGAGAUAACAUUUUUGGGGUUUAAGAUAAGCCGAGAAGGUGUGCGUCCAACUGACGAAAAGGUGAAGGCAAUAGCUCAAGCACCAGAACCAAUAAAUAAACAACAGCUACAAGCUUUUCUUGGGUUAAUUACAUUUUAUGAUAGAUUUUUACAAAAUAAGGGCGAUCUAUUGGAACCGCUGUAUCAAUUAUUAAGAAAAGAGAUACCUUUUAAAUGGGGUAGAGAACAGAAACUAAGUUUUGAACGAGCAAAGAAACUACUACAAUCAAAAAAUCUGUUGGUGCAUUAUUCGGCUGACUUACCACUGAUAUUAUGCGGAGACGCAUCACCGUAUGGAGUUGGCGUGGUUUUGGCACACAAGAUGCCGGAUGAUAGUGAAGCACCGAUUGUUUUUGGCUCCAGAACAUUACAGGGCGCGGAACGAAAUUAUUUACAGUUGGAUAAAGAAGCGCUAGCGAUUAUGUUUGGUGUGCAAAAGUUUCAUCAAUUUUUAAGUGGUAGACAAUUUACAAUAAUGACUGAUCAUAAACCACUAGUGGGAUUAUUCAGCCCAGAAAAACCAAUAUCACAGCAUAUAUCAGCCAGAAUGUUAAGGUGGUCGUUAAAGUUAGGCGCUUACCAGUACGAGAUUAAAUUCCGAGAAGGAAAACAUCACCAGAAUGCAGAUGCAUUGAGCCGGUUACCUUUAAAUGAUGUAAAGCUACAAAUACCGAAAAUACCUGAAAUAUUAUAUUGCAAUGAGGCUGAGGAACAGUUUUUAAUCACUGCGAAAGACAUUGCACAAGCAACCAGAAGAGAUCCAGUACUAUCAAAAGUAAUGUGGCAUAACCAAAGGAAAGAUACAGUUUUGCAAUAUAAAUCAAUCCAGUUUAAACCGUUUGGGAAUAACAUCCAGGAACUAUCAGUGAAUGCACAAUGUUUGUUAUGGGGAGCCAGGGUAAUAAUACCAGCAAUACUACGUCCCAGAAUACUUGAGAUGUUGCACGAAGUUCAUCAAGGCAUGUCGGCAAUGAAAGCAGUGGCGCGAAGCUAUUUUUGGUGGCCUGGUUUAGAUGAAGAUAUAGAAAUGUUAGUCAGACGUUGUGAAAAGUAUGCAAGUAACAAAAAGAAUCCUCCAGUAGCAGCAGGUAAAUCAUGGCCAGCAACACUAAGGCCAUGA